CGCAACAAUAAAUCGCAAAGUAGAAUUUAUUCGACUUUAUUCUUGAAAAUAAUGUAACAAUAUCAAUUGGCGCGAACCGAAUAUGGUGAUUUCAUCUUUGAAAAAAAUUUUCCUCUCUAUCAUCAUCAGCUUGAUUCUAGUGGAGUGGACGGCAAGUAGAGUUGCAGGGUUUUGUGAUUCUACAAUAUUGACAAAUGGCAAUGACGAACGUUUGCAAUGUCAUGUCAAAAAAGGCCGGGAAAAUUAUAAUACAGGUGAUGUAAGGGAAUGCAAAUGUAAUGGAGGUGAUUGCAACGAGUUGCCACACGCCAGUUUUGUGUGUAGCGCAGAUUCAAACUGGUAUUUUGAAGACAAUAAUUCAACUUCAGAAUAUUGGGGAGUUGAAUGCAAGGAUGAGAAAAGCUGCCCCAGGUGUUUCAUCCCUAAAUCUGAUUUUUCCAAUUGCUACAAAGUAAAGGGUUUUUCCAAUUAUUUUGCUUGUGUAUGCAAACACAACCAAAGAGAAUACACCAUGACGUGCCAACACGAUGGACACCUUCACAUAUGGAGCCCUGUGGCACAUACAAAAUGCGAAAAACCGAAGGUUACGAAAAAUAAUUUUCUGAAAGAGACAACCUCAACCUUUACAACAGGAAAAGUUAAUUUUCUGAAAGAGACAACCUCAACCUUUACAACAGGAAAAGUUAAUUUUCUGAAAGAGACAACCUCAACCUUUACAACAGGAAAAGUGGAAAACCCAUCUUCUACUCAUGCAUCAAACAUGGUUGAUAACAACCAAUCAGCAAAUUCUGAUGUAAACCAGGCUAAUUGCAAUUGGAACACAAUUUUAACCGCUUUAAGUUCCGCAGUCAUCUUUUUAGCAGUAAUGGUAAUUUUGGUUGUCCUCAAUUUCAUCCGUUUUUAUUUGAAAGAGUCUCAAAAGAUGAACACAAUUAAGGAAAAUGCUAUAAUUUCUCCAACUUAAAGUUUGCAAGGAAAGAUAUAAACUAAAUAACGCUGGAUGCUUUUAAUAAAUAACUUCGUUCAAGUUUUUUCUUUUUUGUAUAAUUCUAAUCUAGGUUAUUUAACAUCGCAUAUUGGAAGGAAAAAUUCAAUACUGUUUUAUCUGCAUAAAUAGUUAUCUCUUGCAUUUACAUUUGUAUAUAAAAAAUUAUUACAAUUUUCAAUUUAAAUAUCAUCACGUUAAUUAAAAACAAUUUCAUACGCAUUAAAAAUUUCAAAUUUUGGUGAAAACGCUUUUUUUUACAAAUAUUGUCUUUAAAUCAUUAAUAAG